AUGCGUCCUAUCGUUGCUAUACUUUCUCUAUCCACUGCUGUGGCUGCUACGUUUGUCCACCCGGGCGCGUUGCAUACGACAGAGGAUUUCGAGCGCAUUAGAACCCAUGUGGCUAAUGAAGAUGAGCCUUGGAAUACGACAUGGACAUUGUUGACCUCCAGCUCAUAUGCACAGUCAUCCUACCUUCCCUCUCCAAAGGAAACUGUAUGCCGCGGGAACAAUGGGGUCGAUUCUGAGAACUAUGCAUCUCUCUAUCGGGAUACCGCAGCUGCAUAUCAACUUGCCAUUCGCUGGCUAGUCUCCAACGACACGAGCUAUGCUGAUGCUGCAGUGAACAUUCUCAGUUCGUGGGCUGCAUCACUCACGGGCAUUGAAGGUACUAGCGACAAGUUCUUGGCAUCUGGGUUGUACGGAUAUCAAAUGGCCAAUGCAGCUGAGCUUAUGCGUGAUUACUCCGGCUGGUCGAGUUACAACAAAACCUUGACUGGGACUAUGUUGACCAAUGUCUUUGCCUCGAUGAAUAUACGGUUCUUGGAAGAACACAAUGGGCAAGAUUACUAUCACUACUACGCCAACUGGGAUCAGUGCAACCUAGCAUCCCUUCUCGCCAUUGGUAUCUUCACGGACAAUCAAACGAUGUUCGACUAUGGUAUCGAUUACGUGUGCACUGGGCCAUCUAACGGCGCCCUGCCGGUCUUCUCUGUCGCCAAUUAUACCGAGGCUGGCACCUGCAAAACCUUGACCCAAGGCCAGGAGGCUGGUCGGGACCAAGGUCAUUCCACGCUAGACAUCAUGCUUUGGGGUGUGAUUGCCCAACAGGCAUACAACCAGGGGAUCGAUCUCUUUGCCGAACAUGAAAACAAGAUCCUGAAUUCCGCCGAAUAUGCCGCCAAAUACAAUGUCGGCUUCGAUGUUCCCUACACACUGUACCAGAGCUACCAGGGAAAUCAAACUGUUAUCUCGAGCAAUUCGCGAGGAGUUAUUCGACCUGGAUUUGAACUUAUCUCGGCUCACUAUGGACAGUUAAAGGGGCUCGACUCAUCGUGGACUGACGCCUAUCGCGAUAUGGUGAACGCAAAUUCCACGAGUGGUGUUGAGGGUGGUGGUGGAAACUAUGGAUCGAAUUCAGGAGGAUUCGAUGGUCUCGGCUUUGGAACUCUUCUUUAUCGGCUUUGA